AUGUUAAAGGCUGAUAAUGAACUAAUGGCUGUCCUGGAUGCCAUCUGGCAGAAUGCUAAGGUUCUCGCUCACAUCUUUCUGAGAUGUAUUAGAGAUCAACUACUAAGGCACCAGGGGCUGGAGAAAUCUGGAUUUACUCCUGGCAAGUCUACAAUAGACUUGCAUCGUGAAUCACUCUGGGAGAUCCUGAGACUAAGGGGAAUCCAAAUAAGAAUUAUUGGAUUAUUAGCAAGGCUGUAUAUUGGUACUGAAAGUGCUGUAAAUUUUGAUAAUGGCCUCUCGAGCUUCUUCACUAUUAGUUCAAGAGUGAAGCAAGGCUAUGUUUUUGCACUUACACUUUUCAGCACCUGCAUGGACUGGAUACUAGGCAAAGCUACUGUCCGAAGUCAUUGUGGAGCACCACUGGUCGAUAUCAAAGAUACCGACCUUGACUCUGUUAAGGAUGUUGCUACUCUGUUUGAGUCUUUGGAAACCCUAGUGGCGGCUCUAUAUGCAUUUAGUAUUAAAGCAAAGCCCCUGGGUCUAGAGAUCUCCUGGACCAAAACCAGGAUCUAG